CGGGGAGCUGUCACCGUGGACCGCGGCGGCGGCGGUGGCGGCGGCGGCGGCACGGAGCCGGUAGUGGAGCCGCCGAGGCAAUGUGCACAGCCCCCAGUGGGUCAGGCCACUGGUAUUGUGAAAAGAGCAUUGGACGGAAAGACGGAAGACGGGCGAUCUGCCGUUCGCUGACUCUGAGGCUGAUCUGGGCCUCUAGAAAGGAGCUCGUACUGGAGGGUCACGCAGCACAAUGCCAGCUCUGCCCCUGGACCAACUCCAGAUCACCCACAAGGACCUGAAGACAGGAAAGCUGAGGACAUCACCAGCGCUGCACCCCGAGCAGAAGGCAGACCGGUAUUUUGUGUUAUACAAACCGCCCCCUAAAGACAACAUUCCCGCCCUAGUGGAGGAGUACCUGGAACGCGCCACCUUCGUAGCCAAUGACCUCGACUGGCUCCUGGCCUUGCCUCACGAUAAAUUCUGGUGCCAGGUCAUCUUCGACGAGACCCUGCAGAAGUGCCUGGACUCCUACCUGCACCAUGUUCCCCGGAAGUUCGACGAGUGGGUGGCCCCGGCGCCCGAGGUUGCUGACAUGCAGAAGCGUCUCCAUCGCAGCGUUUUUCUCACCUUCCUCCGCAUGUCCACUCACAAGGAAUCCAAAGAUCACUUCAUUUCCCCCUCUGCGUUUGGAGAAAUCCUCUACAAUAACUUCCUGUUUGACAUCCCAAAGAUCCUGGACCUCUGCGUGCUCUUUGGAAAAGGCAACUCGCCGCUGCUCAAGAAGAUGAUAGGAAACAUCUUUAACCAGCAGCCAAGUUACUACAGUGACCUGGAUGAGAGCAUGCCCACCAUCCUUCAGGUCUUCAGCAAUAUCCUCCAGCACAGCGGCUUGCAAGGGGACGGGGCCAGCUCCACACCCCAGAAGCUUGAAGAGCGGGGCCGGUUGACCCCCAGUGACAUGCCUCUCCCGGAGUUAAAGGACAUUGUUCUCUACCUUUGUGACACCUGCACUACGCUCUGGGCCUUUCUGGACAUCUUCCCUUUGGCUUGCCAAACCUUCCAGAAACACGACUUCUGUUACAGCCUGGGGCUGGCCCAGCCUGUUCAGCCGUGCUGGAGGCCAGGCACGCCCACUGAGCAAAUGCAUGACCUCAUCCCGAGAACUUUCUGCGAGGGACGAGUCGCCAACAGCUUUGCUAAUCCCUCUCAUGGCAGCCUUCUCCUUUCUCUUGAACUCGCUUCCUUUUACGAACUAGCAAUUCCCGAGCUGGAGUCUGCAAUUAAGAAGAGGAGGCUUGAAGACAGCAGGCUGCUGGGUGACCUGUGGCAGAGGCUGUCCCACUCCAGGAAGAAGCUGCUGGAGGUUUUUCACAUCCUCCUGUACCAGAUCUGCCUUCUCCCCAUCCUAGAAAGCAGCUGUGACAACAUUCAGGGCUUCAUUGAAGACUUCCUGCAGAUCUUCAGCUCUUUGCUGCAGGAGAAGAGGUUCCUCCGGGACUACGAUGCGCUCUUCCCGGUGGCCGAUGAUGUCAGCUUGCUGCAGCAGGCCUCGUCCGUCUUAGAUGAGACACGGGCUGCCUACAUCCUCCAGGCGGUUGAGAGUGCGUGGGAAGGGGUGGACCGACGGAAACCCACAGACGCGAAAGACCCCCCAGGGGCCGAGGAUCUUAAUGGCGUCGGGGCGACCGCAGAGCCAGUCAGGGGACCGGCCUCACAUCCGGAGAACUCGGAGGAGGAGGAGGCUUUUCCAGAGCCACCAGGUCCGUGGCUGUGCCGAGCCCAGGACUCUGCCCGUGUGUCUGGAGGCAGCGUGACUUGGGGAGUAAGACCACACAGUCUCUGGGGUCAGGCAGCUCCCGGGUCUCUCCGGGUCCUGCCCCUCGCCAGCCGUGUGGCCUUCGGCAGCGUCACCCACUCUGAGCCUUGGUUCCUCCUCUGUCAGUGCUUGGGGGCCGCUGCCGCCCUGGGCCCCCCCGUGAGUGGCGUGGAGCUGGACUCGCUCAUCUCCCAAGUGAAGGACCUGCUCCCGGACCUCGGGGAGGGCUUCAUCCUGGCCUGCCUGGAGCACUGCGGCUACGACCCGGAGCAGGUCAUCAACGACAUCCUGGAGGAGCGGCUGGCCCCUGCCCUCCGCCAGCUGGACCGCGGCCUGGACAGACAGAUAAAGCCCGACCCGACGCCUCUGCUGACAUCGCGUCACAACAUCUUCCAGAAUGAUGAGUUUGACGUGUUCAGCAGGGACUCAGUGGACCUGAGCCGGGUACACAAGGGCAGGAGGAAGGAGGAGAACGCGAGGAGCCUGCUGAACGACAAGCGGGCGGUGGCGGCGCAGCGGCAGCGCUACGAGCAGUACAGUGCGGUGGUGGAGGAGGUGCCGCUGCAGCCAGGCGAGGGCCUGUCCUACCGCGGCGAUGACUAUGAGGAUGAGUAUGACGACACGUAUGAUGGCAACCAGGUGGGCGCCAACGAUGCCGACUCCGACGAUGAGCUCAUCAGCCGCAGACCCUUCACCAUCCCUCAAGUGCUAAGAACCAAAGUGCCCACAGAAGGGCAGGAGGAGGAUGAUGAUGAGGAGGAGGAAGCUGAAGACGAGGCCCCCAAGCCCGACCAUUUUGUGCAGGACCCUGCGGUGCUACGGGAGAAGGCGGAAGCCAGGCGCAUGGCCUUUCUCGCCAGGAAGGGGUACCGACAUGACAGCUCAGCAGCUGUGGCCGGCAGCCCCCGGGGCCACGGGCAGAACCGUGAGACAACCCAGGAACGCAGGAAGAAGGAAGCGAACAAGUCAACACGAGCCAAUCACAACCGGAGGACCAUGGCCGACCGCAAACGGAAUAAAGGCAUGAUUCCCUCCUGAAGCCGCCACACCAGGGCCCGCGAGGAGGCAGCGGUGCCAAGCCCGCCAGGCUGUUUCCAGAGCUCUAGGCCUCCUCGCCAGAGACCCAAGUUCAGCUCGACCCCUCAGCCGCCUCAGCUUUGCAGCCCCUGAGAAGGCCGCCUCGUUGUCCACCAGCCAGCCGUGAGCACCCUCUUGCAGAACACACAGUGCCUUAUCCCACAGCAGAGGAGCCUGGGCCAGCCACGGGCAGAAGGGAGGGAGAGCCCCAAGGCGAGGCCCAAAACCUCUUGCAGCGACACCGCGUCCCUUUCCUCUGGACGGCAGGAAACCUGUGUAUUCCAAACAAAAGCCUGCGAAUAGAAUAAAGCGUUUGACCCUUUUAAGCAAUCGUCCAUGACGUGCCCGUGACCCGCCGUCCCCGUGUCCCAUCCUCCCGUGACAGCCACGGAGGAGGGCAGGACGUCACCGGGUCCUUCCCAUCAGCCUGUCGUGCUUGCCUCACGUGGCUCCCCUCCCGAUGCCGCUCUGCCUUGCUGUGUGUCCCUGGGAACAUCGCUCCCUUCUCCAGCUCCUGCUUGUGGAAGGAAGGACGCGGGUGUGAGGACCUGCAGUCCUGUCUGUUCUCCUUUGGUCCCCACCACCUGCUCCCGAGGAGGCAGGCCCCGUUGUCGGCCCCAGAGCACAGAUGAGGAAGGGGAGGCCCUGAGCUCACGGCGCCGGCCUGGGCCAUAGCUAGGAGUGGGCCAACAGGGAUGGACACGCAGGCGGCCCCCUGGCCUCUGUCAGGCCCCCGGCCCCUGGGUGGUGUCACCUCCGUCUCUGCUGGCCUGAGGACACUUGGCCAGCGCAGAGCCCGGACCAGAACUCAGUGCCUCUUGGUUGUGCGUAUACCAUAAAUCCUACAGAAAUGAGGGGUCGGAGAUCAGAAGAAGCAAAUGAGGAUGUUACUGCCAGGCCCUGUUGGAGCGAGUGGGACUUGGCCCUGGUUCCCCAGAACCCCCUCCCCGGCAUGGCCAACUGGCUCCGAGCGUGGCAGCAGCUGCCGUCAUCCCGAUUCCCGGGCCUUCAGAAUGUGACUGCACAAUGGCGGGUCAGCGGUGGGGCAGUCGCUGGGCUGAUCCUAGCAGCAGAAGCCAGGGCCCCUGCCCAGCUGGGCCUUGACGAUCACUCUGGUUGCCAGGACAGUUCAUUUGCAUGUGGUCAGGAUGAGCCUCUGAAGCAGCGAGGCAGACAGGCCCUUGACAGAUUGGUUGUGUGCGGUCAGCCCGCUCCAGUGAAAAUCGAUGGCCGUUCUCCCGCGUCGCGCACGGUCUCUGGGUGCGUUGGAGAUGCAGAGCUGACCUGGGGGCGGUGUCCUCCCCUCGCGCUGCCGAAUUAGCUGAGAUCAGGACCGGGCAGCCACCCCGCCAGGCGGCAGGAGGACUGUUUCCUCCCGCCGGCAUUUGCCAGGUCUCGGGCGGGGCCGUUCUUGUUCUGUCACUGGCCCAGCUUGUCCCUGGAGCAAAGGGAGGCGGGUCAGGGGAGCUCCCGGCCUUUACAUGUCGUACCUGUUACUGUCCACUUGGCCCCUCUCCUUUCACUCUGCCGUCUGCACCUCCUGACCACCAGAGUGGUGUCCAGGCCGCACCCGCUUCCUGGCUUAAAGGCCUUGAGAAGACAGAAGGGAUUUUUCCAAUUUUCCAGAACGCCCCGCCAGGUCAAAUUGAGCCUCCCUGGGGGAUCUGCAUGCUUUCUCAUUCCAGAUCUUGAGAGCACCCUUUCAGGGAUGCGUUGAAAACAGCUCAGGGUCAUGCAGAAUGGUGCUGGCAGGCACACCCUUCACCUCAUAGGGUCUCAGUUUUCUCAUCUGCAAAGUGGGUACAUUGGCCCAGAUGAAUGGUUUACACUUGGUGCCUGUUAAAUCCUCUGAGGCAGCCCCAAGGUUUAAGACGGGCAAUGGCAGAAGUGCUCUAAGUGAAGUGGGACGGGGGCCCUGAACCCUGCCCACUGGCUCACUGGGGUCCAACCAUUCCUGCUUCUGAAGCAAGAAUUUUCAAGUGCCUUCUCUGUUCCCUGGCAGAGAACAUGACUAUGACAGGCAUUUCCCAGGAAGCUUUUAAGACCUUGUGCCUCUGAGAGAGAAUCGUGUUUGUUUCUAGUCCGUGAGUGGCGAUGACGGUUAGCAUGUUUGUUUGGACAGCGCUUCUGUGCUGUGAGUGGGUGGACAGAGCGCGUCAUUGUUUAUAGAAGGGAGCCGGGAGCACAGGGAGUGACUUGCCCGGAGCCCAGGGCGAGUUAGCGGCAGGGCCUGCAGCAGAGCCUUUCUGAGGGCCCCCGAGCCAGCAGGUGCAGCCGGAGGAGGAAAUGGUUGUCAAGAACCUGCCUGUCCCUGUUACACCAAGAGCUUGGGGUAAAUAAUACAGGGAGGGAAUAAAAAUAAAAACAAACCCACCAAAAAUGGGGUGGGGGUGGGGGUGGAACAGCCUUUUUAUACGUCAGUGAAAUGAUGCUAGCCACGUGGGAAACUAAAUAUUCAAGAAUGAUGUUUUUUAAAGUUUGAAAGCAGAAUACAUGCUGGUGAAAAUGUAAAAAAAAAAGAAAGAAAGAAAAGAUUUUGCAUACAGACCACAUCUGGAAGGGAAUGUGCAUGAAUGAACACGAUGAUGAGACCACGAUGAAUUGUAGUGAAAAUAAAGGUACUUACUGAGGACUUGCA